UACUUACUGUCACAUUAAAUCCUCUUCUUCUACACUGUUCAAAGUUCAAAUCACACUUGCAAAAGUGCACUUCAAAUUUCAAGAUCCAAUCUUUCUCACAACAAAAACCUCCUUGAAAUUUUCUUCAAAAAAUAGAGUUUUCCAAUGGCAAAUUCAUGGAGAAGAAACCAACAAAUCAAGAUCUUCACCCCCAAGAAUCUCCUUCUCUUCUUCUUCACUUCUCUGCUUCUCCUCAUCUUUCUUUAUCUCACAUCACAAACCCAACAACCCCACAAUCUAAAACCCAUCAAAUCCCUUAAAAAUCCAAUUUUUAAUCUUCCAAUAAAGCCCUUUGAUUGUUACAAUUCACCUCAAGCUUACCCUGUUAUAUCUAGUUUAGUUGAAGGUGUGAAAUACCCUUUCCUUUUUUCACUUUCAGAUUUUGGGAAUUUGCCUGAAAAACCCCAUAAGAAUAUUCAGAGGGUACUUAAAGGGAAACCCUUUAGAAAGCCUGAUAUAUCUGAGACUGUACAAGAAUUGUUGGAAAAGAUGAAGGGUAAAAAAGGGAUUUUUGUGGAUGUUGGAGCUAAUGUAGGAAUGGCUACUUUUGCUGCUGCUGUAAUGGGGUUUAAAGUUUUGGCCUUUGAACCUGUUUUUGAAAAUUUGCAAAAGAUUUGUGAAGGUAUUUAUUUUAAUAGAGUUGGAGAGUUAGUUGAGGUUUAUGAAGCAGCUGCCUCAGAUCAUAAUGGGAACAUUACCUUUCACAAGUUGGUUGGUAGGCUUGACAAUAGUGCAGUAUCAGCCACUGGCGCCAAGUUGGCUUUUAAGUCGAAUGAAGAGAUUGAAGUUCAAGUAAAAACUAUUCCUCUUGAUGAAGUUAUCCAAGAAACGGAGCGUGUUCUGCUGAUAAAGAUAGAUGUUCAAGGCUGGGAGCAUCAUGUACUUAAGGGAGCGUCAAAGUUAUUGUCAAGGAAGAAAGAUGAAGCGCCUUACCUAAUCUAUGAGGAAGAUGAGCGAUUGUUGCAAGCCAGCAAUAGCAGCUCCAAGGAAAUCCGGGAGUUUCUACACAGUGUGGGCUACAACCAUUGCACUCAACAUGGUACAGAUGCACACUGCACAAAAACAGAUUGACAAGGUUAUCAUCUACAAAUACUUUUCUGCUACAACUCUGAAAGGAGAAUCAAUACUUUAAAUUCUUAAAAGUUCUUCUACACCGAUUUAAACAAAUCAACUAUCAUAUUUUUUGGGUGGGAUAAGCUUAGAAAUGAUUGGUGACCAAAGAAGACCUGAUGCGCCAGUUCAAAGUUGAGCUCUACUUUUUUCAGUUCAUCUGAAUUGGAAGGCUGACUGAUACCAUGUUUAGGGGAUUAUGACAAUGCUAACUUUGCUGAUAGGUUUGUGGUUGUGUAAAACAGAGAUGAAAAGAGAAGGUAGGAAAAUUGAUUUGGCUGUUUGAUGACUUUUAGACAGCGGCAGGAUGUUUUCUCCCACUUCUUGCUUUCUGGUUACCCCAUAUGUAAUGUGUGCACAGGCUAUUUAUAAUACUUUUUUUGUGGAGGUUGUUGCUUUGAUCUGUGUUUUUCUCUCCUUUUUCUCUUUGUUUCCAUUGGUGAACUUGUUGAUCUUUAAGUACAUCUAAUAUACUCCAUCCAUUUCAUUUUACUUGUCCAUUUUAGCAGAGAAUUUUAUUAUUUUUUCCCAUACUACCUUAGUAUUAAAUAACUACAUAAAACAGUAGUAGUCAAAUAUAGAGUUCCAAAGCAUUAUUAAUGAGGUUAGUUUAGUAUAGUACAUCUCUAAUUAAAGCUUUCUUGGGGGGGGGGGGGAUGUCAAGUCAUCUGGGGUCGAAUAAUAUGAAACUGAGGGAGUAAUCUCUUUAAUGAAUUCAAUGUAGUGUAUGGAUGAUGUCAUGCUUUGAUAGAGCUUUCCUCCUACCAACCAUCUCCUUUCUGUUUACAGACCUCUUUGAAACUGUGUGAAUGAUGCUCCAUAAGUAUGCAGGUCAAAUUACAUUAAUGAUCCUGAGAAAAAGUUGAUUAGUUGGUGUUGCAAGAUAAACUUUCAUUAAUAGCAUCUUUACCAGGUUUACUUGUGUGUUUAAUGAGGUCAAAUUUGUUGUUAGGUAAAGUUCUAUUGAACACUUACUGCUUUCCUCCAACUGCUUUAUGGCAUUAAUUCACCUUUACUUCUCUAUUAUGAGUGGCUGCUUUCACAUGGAGCUACAUUCAAUGUUGCUCGGAUUCUCCAAUGUUGCCACACCUGUGUCGGAUCCUCUAAAAAUGUAUUACUUUCAAAGAAUCUGACAUGCACCCGACGGCAUUCUUGAAGUGUCUAAGCAACAUAGGCUACAUUCAGUCUGCAAAAGAGGAGGAAAGAGAUUGUGAUUGAGGCUUCUACACAGAGCCUUUACAUUUUUGUUUUUGGAUAAACGUGGUGUCCAAGUCUGCUUUCACACAUCUCGACUAAUUUCAUAAGAUACCUACUACCUCCCACCAGCACAUACAGGUAACUUUAUCUACCAAGCUAAAAAGCCUUAUAUUUUCAUAAGUUACUAGCUCGUUAAUUGGAUAGAGCACAGACAAAAAAUACAGGAUUUUGAGUAACUCGAGGCCGCCUGUUACUUCUUAGAAGGCAAAACAUAGAUUCUGUCCUCGCUAUUAUGAACAGACAUAUUUGGCCAGGGAAUGGAUUUGUGCAGCAAUAUAAUCAACUUGGUUAUCUGAAGCCAGGAACAGCA